ACAUCUCUAGCGGCUUUCUUGUAUAAACAAGGAUAAUUCUUGUUUUGUGUUUACAUAAGGUUAAAGUGACAGCAGUGUAGGUAUUUUGAACUUUAAUAAUAAAACUUCAAAGAUCCAACGUGCUUGUUAAGGUUUAUACAAAACUGUGAACUUUAGUAAUUUGGUAGCGUGAUAAAACUUGAAACUGAAAGGUUGUCUUGAACUAUUUCUGGUGGCAAUGUCUGAUGAUAAGAGAGAAGAGAAAGUUAGAUCCAUUAAACUAUCCGGAUUUGGAGGAUAUGACUGUCUGGUAGUGCAAGAGGAGUCAUGUCCUCGCCCAGAAACUGGAGAAGUAACAGUAAAGGUGAAAGCCUGUGGCAUGAAUUUUGCUGACCUGUAUACGCGACAAGGACUCUACACCUUUGAUGGACGGAAACCACCAUUUGUGAUGGGCAUGGAAUGUGCUGGGAUUGUAAAAGAAGUUGGAGAAGGAGUUCAAGAAUUUAAGGUAGGAGACCGAGUGGUUUGCUGGAGCUUUCACUACGGUAUGUGGUCCGAAGUCUCUAAGAUCCCAGCAACAACAUGUCAUCAUAUUCCAGACAGUAUGUCGUUUGAGGAGGCAGUUGCCAUGCCGGUCAGCUACGUGACUGCUUAUCUAGUUCUUUUUGAUUUUGGAAACCUGCGUCGUGGACAGAGUGUUUUGGUUCAAGCUGCCGCUGGUGGCCUUGGGUGGGCUGUUACACAGCUUUGCAAGACUGUAGAAGAUGUGGUCAUUUUUGGAACAGCCUCUGCAUUUAAGCAUGAAAUUAUUCGUGAAAAUGGCAUCACCCAUGCUAUUGAUUAUCAUUCUACUGAUUUUGUCCAGGAGGUUCAAAGUCAUGCCCCGACAGGUGUGGAUAUAAUUGUUGAUUCUCUCUCUGGCUCUGACUUCAUUCGUUCUCAGAAGGUAUUGAAGCACAUGGGCCGCUUGAUUCAUGUUGGAAUCAGUAACAUGAUUGGAGGAGAGAAACGCAGCUUGCUGCGAGCACUGAAAGUCUGGUGGCAAAUGAAAAACGUGAGCUUGUUGAACUUGACAAAGAAUAAUCAUGCUGUGUGUGGGUUUAACAUGGGAACGCUCACCGAGAAUAAUCCCACUCGGGUCAAGGAAGUGAUGGCACAUUUAAUUCAACUUUACGAAGAAGGCAAGAUCAAGCCAAGAAUUGACUCUGUAUGGAGCUUUGAUGAGGUGGUCAAAGCAACAAAAAAAAUGGUAAACAGGGAGAAUAUUGGAAAAUUAGUCUUAAUACCUGUUAAGGAGAAAACUGAUGGAGAUCCCACCCCUCAAACGGUAGACUCGGCCGUUCUGAACCCAGAAGAUUAGAAGUGAAAAGAGUACUUUAGGAAAUACUGUUUUUCAGUAUAAUGUUUGGAUCGGAUUUUUUUCUUUGUCUUUUUUGCUCUGGUGAUACUUAAGUUGGCAUUUAUGACAUAUAUUCCUACGUGCAUACAGUAUAUGUUAUUACGUAUUAAAUAAAUGUAACAAUUAUGUAUAUGUAUAGUAAGAGAAACUACUCAAAAUUUGUUUUAUUGUUGUUGUUGGUUACAAAACUUAUUUUACAUUCCAAAGGUCAAACAUUGACUUUACCAAAAUUUAGUGAUUUUUAUUUUACUUGAUGAUAGAUUACUUUCUAUACAAAUCCUAAUGAAGUGGGCGGAAACAUUGUGUUUCUAUGAUAAAUGAAAUAAUCAAAACAUAUUCCGUCAUACAAGUUAAACAAUUAAAUGUAACAAACUAUUUUUUAAGGUUAUGCAUUACUCAGAAUUUUUUAAUGUUUUAACAAAAAAGCAACUAUAACUAUCUUUAAUCAGCAUUUACUGGAAAUUUUAAUAAAAACAAUAUGGAUGAUAGUAAAAUUUCAUAUUUUUGGAAUUAAAACUAAUGUCUAAAAUUCCACUAAUCUUAAAAAUAUUACUAUAAUUUAGCUGAUGGGAAGAAUUAGAGCAUCAAACUACUGACAGAUUCGGUAACCCUACCUAGUUAAGCAUUUUGAAAGUUGUUUGUAUUAUGGUUAAAAUGUUUCAUAAAACUUUUAUGAAAAUAGAUGAGAAGUAUUUUUCUUGUAGAUGUUUAUAUAUUUCGAGUUUUGUACAAUGUUUGCUAUUGUGAUAAUAUUUUACACUUUUAAAGCAAUUUUUCAUUAUUGUAUUGACAAAUGGAAAAAUCAUGCUUUAAGAAUAUGUUCGGGAAGAA